AUAAGCCUUAAAAGCCCACCAACUCUACGCACUCUUUCUAAUCCGCUUGCCUUGCUUGUUUCACAGGACAGAACCUUCCUCUUGCUCAGGCACCAUGGCUCUCUCUGUCCACACUGGCUCUUCCCGACAGCUCUCCUCGUACAGUGUUGGGGGCGGGGGCGGCGGGGGGUCUGUCAGACUGUCUAGCGGCGUAGGGUUUAGUGGCGGCUCCAAAUUUGCCGGAGGUUACUCAGCAGGUGGUUAUGGAGGAGGAAGCCUGAGUGGAGGGUAUGGAAUGGGCUUGGGUGCAGGUCUGGGUGGUGGGUAUGGAGGGGGCUUGGGAGGCGGUUUUGGGGGCGGCCUUGGCGGCGGCGGCGGCUUUUCGAGCGGCUUUGUGAGCAGCAUGGGCGGCAUGGGUGGCGGCUUUGGAGGAGGGGAUGGGGGUCUCCUGAGUGGCGACGAGAAGCAGACCAUGCAGAAUCUCAACGACCGCCUGGCGAACUACCUGGGCAAAGUCCACGCUCUGGAGGAGGCCAACACAGAGCUGGAGCGCAAGAUCAAGGAAUGGUACGCAAAGUACAGCACUCCGGACACCAGCCGAGACUACAGCAAAUAUUUUAGCAUCAUCGAAGAUCUUCGGAACCAAAUUGUGAGACACACCAUUGAGAACGCUGGGGUCGUUCUGCAAAUCGACAAUGCUCGGCUGGCUGCUGAUGAUUUCAAACUUAAGUAUGAGAACGAAUUGUUCCUGCACCAGAGUGUGGAGAGUGACAUCAAUGGCCUGAGGAGAGUCCUGGAUGACUUGACCAUGACUAGGUCCGACCUCGAGUUGCAGAUCGAAGGCUUGAAUGAAGAGCUUGCCUACCUCAAGAAGAAUCAUGAAGAGGAACUGAUGAGCUUCCGAGGGGUGACCAGUGGAGACGUCAACGUUGAAAUGGACGCCGCUCCCGGAAUUGACCUGACCAAGCUACUGAACGAGAUGAGAUCCCAGUAUGAGGAGCUCGCGGACAAGAACAGGAGAGAGGCAGAAGAACAGUUCAACAAGCAGGUUGGAGCUCUGAGGCAGGAGAUAUCGGCCAACGUGGACCAGCUGAGCACGGGCAAGAGUGAAGUUACAGAUCUGAGACGCACGCUGCAGGGCCUGGAACUGGAACUGCAGGCUCAGCUUGCCAUGAAACAAUCCCUGGAAGGCACUUUGGCGGAAACAGAACGAAAUUACUGCGACCAGCUUGCGCAAUUACAGGGUCAGAUCGCUGGCUUAGAGGAACAGCUUCUGCAGAUUCGGGCUGAGAUGGAGAACCAGAAUGCAGAAUAUCAGCAGCUGUUAGGCAUCAAGACACGCCUGGAGAAGGAGAUAGAGACCUACCGCCGCCUACUGGACGGAGAAGGGGGUGGUUUUGGGUCUUACGGAUCUUCGAGCCACAGUAGUUCUAUGAGUUACGGAGGCUCUGGAAAAGAGUCAACGAAAACCAGAAUGGUUAAGACGAUUGUGGAAGAAAUGGUUGAUGGCAGAGUCGUUUCGUCCCAGGUCAAAUCGGUCGAAGAGAAGCCGACUAAAAGCAACACCCUCACAACCCUAUAUAUAAAAGGCAGAGGAAACCGCCCCGUUAGCACACUGCCUGCCUGUCUGUCUUUCCUGACUCUCCUUCGCCUUUUCCUCGCAGCUUUUUGGCAUCCCUCAGCUAACAUGUCUACUCGGAUAUCGACCUCCUCGAGGAGAAUUUCUUCCUUUGUCAGUGGGGACGGAGGUGCCAAAAUGGGCAGCGUUGGAGGAGGCAGUCUGUACGGUUUUGGCGGGGGGUCCAUGGUCGCUCUAGGCAGUGGCUAUGGAGGGGCUGCAUGCGGUGGGUUUGGUGGACCUGGCUUUGCAAGCGGAGUUGGCUUCGGCGGGGGGUCUGGCUUUGGUGGCGGGGCUGGUUUUGGCGGCGGGGCUGGCUUUGGUAGUGCCUCUGUGGGAGGCGGUGGCUACGGAGCCAGCUACCGCUCCAGCUCGGCGGUGUCCUUGGGCGGUGGCUAUGGAGGGGCCGACAGCGUCUUCCUGGCUGGGGCUGAAAAGGAGACCAUGCAGAACCUCAACAGCCGCCUGGCAAACUACCUGGAAAAGGUGCGCUCUCUGGAGGAGGCGAAUGCCGAGCUCGAGCUGAAGAUCCGCCACUGGUAUGAGAAGAAUGGACCCGGGGCUCCUGGAGUGACCCGCGAUUACAGCAAAUAUCACCAGAUCAUUGAGGAUCUGCGCAACCAGAUCGUCAAUGUGACCAUUGACAAUGCCAAUGUAGUCUUACAGAUUGACAAUGCCAGGCUGGCUGCUGAUGACUUCAGACUGAAGUUUGAGAACGAGCUCUUCCUUCGCCAGAGUGUUGAAGGAGACAUCAAUGGUCUGCGCAGAGUGCUUGACGACUUGACCAUGAACAGGUCUGACCUGGAAGCACAGCUUGAAAGCCUCACAGAGGAACUAGCAUACCUUAAGAAGAACCACGAAGAGGAAAUUAACUUGCUGAGAAGCAGUUCUACGGGUGACGUCACAGUGGAAAUGAACGCGGCUCCAGGAAUAGACUUGACUAAGCUGCUGAACGAAAUGAGGGCGCAAUAUGAAGACCUCGCAGAUCAAAAUCGCAGAGAGGCGGAAGAACAGUUUCACAAAAUGAGCCAACCACUGCAGCAACAGAUCUACGAUGAUGCCGGCGCAGCAAACUCCGCCAGGAACGAGUUAAUUGAGCUGAAACGCUCAUUCCAGGCAUUGGAGAUAGAGCUACAAUCCCUUCUGGCUAAGAAAGCUUCUCUGGAAGGCACCUUGCAUGAAACCGAAGUCAACUACAGCACUCAGCUCUCACAGCUGCAGCACCAAGUGAGCAGCAUCGAAGAGCAGUUGCAGCAGAUCAGGUCUGAGACAGAGAUGCAAAAUUCAGAGUACCAACAACUGCUGGGUAUCAAGACCCGACUGGAAAUGGAAAUUGAAACAUACAGGCGCCUGCUUGAUGGCGAGAGUUUCCGCACUUAUGAACCAAAAGUUCAAAUCAGAGAGCCCCUCAAAACAAGGGUAGUGAAGACCAUCGUUGAAGAAGUGGUGGAUGGCAAAGUGGUCUCUUCUCAAGUGAAAUCAGUUGAAGAAAGAGCAACGAAGUGAACAGCAUGAAAAGCAGAGUGGGGGGCCCUUCAACUCAGGCGAGCAAGGGAAUGCCCAAGUAGAAGAAAACCUCCUGAAACCAGAGUCAAUUGUAGCUUAGUAGCUUCUUGCAAAUAUGGGCUCCAGAGAGGGGGAAAUCCCACUCAAUAUGCUUUCUUAAAACUUUACGGAGGUGUAUGCUUUUAGAAAUACUGAGAACUACAUUCUGUUUACUGCCGCAAUGCAAUAAACUUUCUUACUGUUGCAAGUAA